AUGAAUCUCCCCCGCCAAUCUGUGCGGCUGUACAUUGCUUCAGUACUUGAUUGUACAUUGCUUCAGUACUUGAUUGCAGAGGAUAAGUCGAAUUAUGAGUUGCUUUAUGACGACGAUGAAGAGAUGGACACUAUGGUGGCAACCAUUGAUGCAAAGAGCUCCUUCCACCGCUCAACACAUGUGAGACGACUUGUCCCCAGAGACCAUGCUAAUGGAGAGGCAAGGAUCAUACGCCAUUACUUUGCUGACAACCCUAUGUACACCCCUGGACAAUUUCGUAGAAGGUUCCGUAUGAAGCGUCACGUGUUCAUCCGCAUUCUUAAUACAGUUAAGUCUGUGGAUAGAUACUUCCAGCAACGUGAGAAUUGUACUGGGUUGUUAGGAUUGAGUGCUUUGCAGAAGGUGGUAGCCGCAAUUCGCAUACUUGCGUAUGGUUUGCCAGCAGACGCCGUUGAUGAGUAUGUGCAAAUUGGCAAGUCAACUGCUCAUGAGGCUCUUUACCAUUUCUGCAGUGCUGUUAUAGUUGCCUUUGGGAAGGAAUACAUCCGUUCUCCAACCCCUGUCGAUGUGGCUCAUCUACUGCAAGUGGGUGAGAAUCAUGGUUUCCCAGGCAGCUGCAACGAUAUCAACGUACUGCAAAGGUCACCUAUUUUCUCAGCAUAUAUCCGAGGAGAGACACCUCUUGUUCAGUUCACUGUUAAUGGGCGGACAUAUGACAUAUAUCCUUUUGACAGGGAGCGUCUUUCUGAUAUUAUGACCGCUUGUAUUAUAAUGCAUAAUAUGAUUGUGGAGGAUGAGAAGUCUAAGGCCAUCAAUACCAACUUCGACAACAUUAGCACCCCAGCAACUCCAUGA